AUGAGCUCCCAAUGUCACCCAGAGCAAGGCAAACGAUCGCAGGACGACUACCAAUGGAGGACUGAUCAGGGUUUCGGUAGUCGACUGCUCCGACCAUGCCGUGGGAUGUACCACGACGUGAAGAGGAGAAUGCCUUAUUACUGGGGCGAUUUACGUGAAGGCUUCACCUACCGUGUCCUUUCAGGCACGAUUCGAAUAUACUUCAUCAACCUCCUGCCAGCAAUGGCCUUCCAGCUCGAUAUGUCUUACAACACGGGGGGCUUCUUUGGCAUCAAUGAAGCCUUGCUCUCCUCGGCUCUUGCGGCGAUCGUCUUCAGUCUGCUCUCUUGCCAACCCUUGACCGUAGUUGGGGUCACUGGUCUGAUAUCACUAUUCAACUAUACCAUUUACGAUAUCAUCAAGAUAUACGAUGUUGGGCUAUAUCCGCAGUUUAUGGUCUGGGUCGGUAUAUGGGCCGCCAUUUUCCACUGGAUGAUAGCCAUCUUCAACCUCUGCGACUACAUGCGGACCGUCACAGACUUCUCCUCCCAGACAUUUGGCUUCUAUGUCGGUACAGUAUAUGUUAUAAAAGGCUGUGAAGAGCUCAGUAUCGGAUUUCAUGACGGCCAGAUCUCCAAUGGCUUCGCAUCUGCCCUUGUUGCAAUACUCUACUUUCUCACCGUCUACUUACUGGAACAAAUGGGUCAGACGACCUACACGCGGACCUGGCUACGCACAUUCCUCUCGGAUUAUGCCUAUGUCAUAGCCACUGUCUGGUGGACGGGUUUCACGCACUUCCCGGGAAACCUCGCAUACGCCCACUUCGAAUACCUUCCAACCACCCGUCCCUUCUACCCAACAGUAGAUCGGCCCUGGGUUAUGAAAUUCUGGUCACUUCCUGUCAAAUGGAUAUUCAUCGCAAUCCCAUUUGGCUUCUUGAUGACUGUCCUAUUUUACUACGACCACAAUGUCUCAUCGCUAACUGCUCAAGCACGAAAUUUUCCACUCAGGAAGCCUGCUGGUUUCCAUUGGGACUUCUUUUUGCUUGGUUGCACUUGCCUUGUUGGUGGUGUCUUGAAUAUACCACUUCCAAAUGGCCUGGUUCCACAAGCACCUGUUCACACCGAUUCGGUCACCUAUUACAAGGUGGAAUCUGUUGUGAUCGAAACAAAGAACCCAGAUGAACCCAGUAUUAUACGAAAGACGACAACAGCAGAAAGCGUGGCCGAACAACGCAUUUCCCACCUGGUGAUGGGGUUGGCACUCGUUGGCACCAUGACCGGUCCACUCUUGACGGUCAUCUCCCUCAUCCCCCGAGCCAUAAUUAGCGGAGUCUUCUUCACGGUUGGGAUGGGCAGCAUUUUGACCAACCCAAUCUUGACAGACAAAAUUGCUUUCCUCCUGCGGGACCCCAAGUUCCGGCAGCCUUCCGAUCCGUUGAACACCGUACCUCGUCGCCAGAUUUGGCACUAUCUAUUCUGGCAGUUCCUUGGCUUUGCUACGUCGAUAGCCAUCAGUCAGACCGUAGCCGCGAUAGGUUUUCCGAUCCUGAUAACAGGUCUGAUCCCCCUUCGGUGGAAACUCCUACCGCGUUUGUUCACUCGCCGCGAGUUGGAGGUCCUGGAUUCCCUGACGGCGACCAGUGAAGUCGUAUUGGUUUCACUGGGUGGGAAGCCAGAGAUGCCCGAAGCCCGUCGGGAUUUGCAGAUGAAGCAGAACAGGCAAUCUUUGGAAGAUGGAUCUGGUGAUGUUCUGGAGGGUACCCUAAAGAAUGAUCAAGGAGAUCUACGGCAACGAAAAUGA